CGCGCCGGAAGAGAAGACGGCCUCUUUCCCAGCCAUCUUUGGGUUUACUAGCAGCGAGCUUAGCGCUCCGGCCUCGCACAAUCCGAGGAACAUCCACCGCUGGAGGGGCCAUCAUGCCCGGGCACCUGCAGGAAGGCUUCGGCUGCGUGGUCACCAACCGGUUCGACCAGCUAUUUGACGAUGAAUCCGACCCGUUCGAGGUCCUGAAGGCGGCCGAGAACAAGAAGAAGGAGGGCCCCGCGGGCCCCGGCCAGGGAUCAGGCAAGACCGCGGCUCAGGCCGCCAAGCAGCUCCGCAAGGAGUCCCAGAAGGAGCGCAAGAACCCGCUGCCCGAGAAGAAGGAGGACACCCCACCGCCGGUGGCGCUCAAGAAGGAGGGUAUCAGGAGGGUUGGCAGAAGGCCUGACCAGCAACAACCACAACAGCAGGCACCUCAGCAGCAGGCUCCACAAGCCCCACAGGGCGAAGGGAAGCCCAUCGACAGGAGACAGACAGACAGACGGCCUCCCCGUGAACGCCGCUUUGAAAAGCCAGUUGAAGAGAAGGGUGAAGCUGGAGAAUUCUCUGUGGAUAGACCCAUCAUUGAACGACCUGUUCGUGGACGUGGCGGCCCUGGAGGAAGAGGACGUGGUGGACGCGGACGUGGGUUGGGCAGAGGAGAUGGCUUUGACUCCCGUGGCAAACGUGAAUUUGACAGACAUAGUGGCAGUGACAGAGCUUCUUCACAUUUUAGUGGCCCGAAGCAUGAGGAUAAGCGUGGUGGCAGUGGACAACACAACUGGGGAAAUGUUAAGGAUGAGAUGAGUGAAUUGGACCAAAGCACCGUCACUGAGGAAGCCCCUGAAGCAGAGGAACAACCAGUUGUCGACUCUGAAAACAAGGAAAACGAGGCAGGCGAAGGGCCCAAGGAAGAGGGUCCUAAGGAAAUGACUUUGGAUGAAUGGAAGGCGAUGCAAGAUAAGGAACGCGCAAAAGUUGAAUUUAACAUCCGGAAACCAAAUGAAGGCGCUGACGGCCAAUGGAAAAAGGGAUUUGUCCUUCACAAGUCAAAGAGUGAAGAGAUCAAUGUAGAUGACAGCUUGCAAACAAUUGUUCACGCGGAGUCUGAUGCUUUUGACCAUCACUUCCGUAAGCCUGCAAAUGAUAUCACUUCACAACUUGAGAUCAACUUUGGCGAUCUUGGCCGGCCUGGCCGAGGUGGCCGAGGCGGCCGGGGUGGUCGUGGCCGCGGUGCAAGGCCAAGCCGUGGAGGGAAAAUUGACAAGGUAACGCCUUUAGAAAACAACUUCACUGAGCCAAGGCGCGUCGGGAAGACUUACCAGUCAAGCGAUUCUUCUGCUCCUGACGUAGAUGACCCAGAAGCUUUCCCAGCUCUGGCGUAAACUGGCUGAGUCCAACCCUGGUGCCCUUGAGGCCCCUUCUACGAGGCUUGCAUGCUUAAGGAUCCUGAAACAACUCCUCCAAAUUAAGGAAAAAAAAAAAUAACCCAAGACUGUCAGUCAUACCUUUCACACCUAUGGACUGAAUUUUAUCUGUUUUGAAAAUGGACUUCUCUUGCUACGCAGAAGCAAACUCAUAUGGUAGUCCAGUUUUGUAUUAGAGAUGUAAUGGUAGCAGGGACAUUUUCAUAAUUUUUUCAGAGAUUAUGCAUUCUUCAUGAAUACUUUUUUGUAUUGCUGCUUGAAAAUAUGCGUUUCCAAACUUGAAAUAUAGGUGUGAACAGUGUGUACCAGUUAAAGUUUUCAUUUUCAUCCGUGUUUUUAUUCUCCACAAACAGGAGGGGUUUUUGUUUUAUUUGCAAACUGUAAAUCUUGCUUUAACAUUUUUAGAAUUCCUCUUUACAGCUGCAUAUUUGGGAAAGGCUAGCUUUAAUUGGCAGAGUUGAAUCAGCUUAAAAAAAAAAAAAAUUGUUGGCCGUCUAAUCUUUUGUUUGGGAGAAGAUAAAUUUCGCCUUGGUUGUGGAGAUUUUUAAACACUCAACCCUUUAAAUGCCAGCCAGGGGAGGAGCGCAAUUGCUCAAUCCUUGGGCAUUCAUCGGGUGUCACGAAUUCCAGGUACACUGCUAAUUUGGGAAGCAAUUCUCCACCCUCACCUGCCAAUGCUUGUGUGUGUUUGCAAACCUACCCUGAGUUACUGUCAGAACCUUCUGUGCCACCUGAACUAGACUUGUGCUGCGUAUUUCUUCAGCACCCAAACCUGCGUUCUCCGUCGGCACAAUGUCACAGAAACAAAACCUCAAAGUGGGUUAAACUUCACGUAAGAUCAACUUUCCCUGGAAUGUUGCUGCAGUUUAUCACACGUAGUACAUCCAUCACAAUGUUCCUUUCUUUUUAUGGCCCUUUCUGGAAAAUUGAGAUACCAAACAAGAUCAUAAUAUUCUGUUCCAUAUGCUGCAAUCCUUGUAUGAAGAGACAUAUUAUAUAUAAAUAUUUUGUUUUUUAAGAGCACUAGGGAAGGGUUAAUGGUCACGGUGGAUAACCUACAUCAUUAUAGGAGGUUACCAGUUUUCUUGGAAAGUAAAAACAAACCCCUUUUUGCUUUGAAAUUUGUCUACUAUCUCAGCUUUUGGGCUUCGAUGGCUGGUUGACAGAUGAAUGUUUUCUCACCUAAAGGGUGGUAAUACAAAUCCCACUUCCCUUUGGGCUUUUUAGCUUAUUUAAAUUGUUCCUAUGAUGUAAACAUUACCACUUAAACAAAAACAACAAAAAAAAAACUACAAGACACAAUAGGAUAACUAAGAGAAAAAAAAAAAUAACAAAACAUCAAAAAAGAAAAAAAAACAGUUGUCUACAGUGUUAGAAGAUACUGCUUUUAUUUAAUAUUCUUUUUACAUUUUUUAGCAGGCUUUAAAUUUGUAGGUUCUUAUCUGCAUAGGUUAAUUGAAAAAAAUAAAUAUUAUUGCCCUAUUUUUAUAAAAGUUGUACAGAAGAGGCAACAAAGUAUUUGAAACAUGCAAAAACCACAAUUGCCACCUUGCGUUCUGCGGAAUGUCAGAAUCUGGUGUGAUUGGUGGUUUGUUUUGGUUUUUUUUUCCCCCCCUCAACAGGCUAGUUUAUUUUAUGGUUUGUUUUUUUGAUCGAUUUUUAUUCCAAAUAAUUUACUUUAGGACUACAAGCCGGGGCAUCGGUGACCACAUUGGUGCAUUAACCUAUAAAUGAAGUAAGCCUUCACAAAAUACAUUUUUUUCAGCAUCUGACUCAAAUUUAGUUGCCUGUGUCUGUGGGGAUUGUUUGUGCUCGGUUUGGGACAAUCACAAAUACACUUGAUAAGUAUUUUAGGAAAUUGCAUUUUCCACCUGACCGUAAACAAGCAUUUGAAUUUCGCAGUGGGAAUUUGAACCUUGAUGUGCAAUUGAUUCAUUUUAAAUCAAUAUUGAAAUAGAUGAUCCUUGCUGGCUCUGCGGACUUGUGUCUGGUUUAUGUUUGAGAUUUUUGGAACCUGUAUUAAAAUCUCAUGGUACUAGCCUAUUAGGAAUGUUUAAGUUUUCCAAACUCUCCUCCCUUUGGCUAAGUUCCCAUACAGGUUUAAGAUUGAUUAGAAGUGUUUAUGCACAUGUGACUGUGCAGGGUACAAACAUAAAAAUAAAAUAAAUCUAUCAACAGUCCUAGCUCUUGGCAACAGGCAAUUUGAGAUAUUGGUCAAUAUCCAUCAGUAAACUGCUGCUGUUUCUCUUGUGUUUGUAAAUUUGCCUCUUCAAUCCAUUUCUUUGUGAACUAAAACUGUGACCUUAUCUGUCUGGUGGAUGCUUAUUGAAUUAAAGGUUAAUUUUCAUGCUUU